CCCUGUUAAAUGCGCAUCUCAACGCAUUUUCUCCAAGUGAGACUUGAAGGAAAAGAGCCAGGGCUGUGAACAGGUGGGACAGGAGGGAACGAGCUCCUUCACUUGCUUCUGUUGCUCUGCUGGCUCAGGGACAGGGGACGGGACAGGGGAAGACUGGCCUUCCUUCCAUCAGGAAAGAUUCUGCACUAAGGUAGUGCCUUGCAGUGAGUCCUGGGGUUUCGUGGCUCCAGGCGCUUGUAGUAGGUCAAGUAUUUUCUCUUUCUAACUGCUUCUCCUCUAGGCCAUAAAAGCUCUUUUCUUUUCUUUUUUUUUUCUUUUCUUUUCUUUAACCUCCAUCUCCCUUCAGGAACGGCUACACCUUCAGGUUGGGACAUCCUUCCUCAUUUGCAAACCUCAGCUGUGUGUGGGGGCAGGGCUGCAGUGGAGCUGCCAGGAGCAGAAAGAAAGGCUUCUGAGUAAUAGCACUACAACAGCCGAAGGGAACCGGGGGCAGGUCGAUCUGGGAUGUGACGGGCACCAGGAGGCACCUUCCCCAAAGGAUAUUUAAGAUCAAAGCCAACGUUUUCUUUCCUUGGUGUAUUUUGCGUGGUUUGGAAACUAAAGCACAUCUGAGAACAGGUGGCUGACGAGACUUACCUGCGAGGACCGAAAACAUGCACUGUGCCAUCCAAAAGGCAGAAGCGCUGGACGGGGCUCACUUGAUGCGAGUCCUCUGGCAGGACGGCGCAGAGUCGCUCUACCCCGCCGUGUGGCUCAGGGACAAUUGCCAGUGCCCUGAUUGCUACCUGGAUUCUGCAAAAGCACGGAAACUUCUCGUGGAAGCGCUGGAUGUGAACAUUGGUAUCAAAGGCUUGGAGUUUGACAGAAAAAAGGUUCAUAUCACGUGGCCAAAUGAACAUUACAGUGAAUUCGAAGCUGAUUGGCUGAAGAAAAGAUGUUUUUCUCAGCAAGCCAGAGAAAGUCUCCAAAGAGAAUUGUUUUUGCCAGAAUGUCAGUACUGGGGUUCGGAGCUCCAGCUCCCGACGCUGGAUUUUGAGGAUGUUUUAAUAAACGAUGAGCACGCGUAUAAGUGGCUCUCCAGCCUCAAGAAAGUCGGCAUAGUGCGACUCACGGGAGCUGCUGACAGAUGUGGAGAAGUUCUCAAACUAGGGAAAAGAAUCGGUUUCCUUUAUCUCACAUUUUACGGACAUACUUGGCAAGUGCAAGACAAAAUUGAUGCAAACAAUGUGGCCUACACAACGGGGAAGCUAAGCUUCCACACUGAUUAUCCAGCCCUCCGUCAUCCACCUGGGGUUCAGUUUCUGCAUUGCAUAAAACAAACAGUCACUGGGGGUGAAUCAGAGAUUGUAGAUGGAUUUAACGUGUGCCGAAAGCUCAAGGAACAGAAUCCUCAGGCAUUCCAGAUUUUGUCCUCCACCUUUGUGGACUUUACAGACAUUGGAGUGGAUUACUGCGAUUUCUCUGUACAAUCCAAACACAAAAUUAUAGAAUUGGAUGAUAAAGGCCAAGUGGUUCGCAUCAACUUCAAUAAUGCAACUAGAGACACGCUGUUUGAUGUACCUGUUGGAAGAGUGCAGCCCUUCUACGCUGCUCUGAGGGAGUUUGUUGACCUCAUGAACUGUAAAGAAUUCAAGUUUACUUUCAAGAUGAAUCCAGGUGAUGUGAUCACUUUUGAUAACUGGCGCUUACUCCACGGCCGUCGGAGCUACGAAGCAGGAACUGAGAUAUCCCGCCAUCUAGAAGGAGCUUAUGCUGACUGGGAUGUGGUUAUGUCAAGGCUUCGUAUCCUAAGGCAGCGUGUCCAGAACAGAAACUGAAUCUCCUGUCCAUAAUUUCAGUGAGAUUCCAGCGAGUGUAUCUUGUAAGAUAAUUGCAAGGUUAUUGUCUUCACAGACCAUGAUCCAUGUCAUUUACAUAUUAAUUUCUUUAACAUUGAACAUGUCACCUUUCUCACAAGAGUUUUCCUUUCUUUGUAAUCACAAACAAUGCCAACUUUUCAGAUGUUGUAGCACUGUUCUAUCCUUUCCACAUAAAGCAUCCUUUCUGUUCUAUUGCACGUAUAUGAGUCUCCAGAAUGCCUACAAAUAGUUUUGUAUCAAUAAAACCUUUCUUCAAAUA